AUUUCUCGUCUGUGUGCUUUGCGGUUCUAUGCCUUCGUUAUGACGUAGUGGUAUAGUUUGUGCUCGAGGAAGAAGAAGAAAUCAUCACUUUCUGCUACAUGCCGCAAAUAUCUGCAUUUUUAAGAGGUCCUAGGGAGUGGUAAGUCACCAUGAGUGCAAUGAAGAGGGGAACGCGGAAGGGUCUGCACGUGGACCAAUCCGAGCUCUUGUGCAAGAACGGCUGCGGUUACUAUGGCAACCCGUCCUGGCAGGGGUACUGCUCCAAGUGCUACCGCGACAUCGUGCAGAAGUCGCGCCAGCGGCAGAUAGAGAGCGACCACGAAUACGCCAAACGGUUACAGCAACAAUACGCAGCGGAGAACCGCGGGAGCCCCGGAGCUAGCGGUGGGUCCGGUAGCGGACGCGAGCUAUCGUUCUCCAAGUUCGAGGAGAAAAAGACUCACCACACUGGGUCAAAAACUCGCACUGUCAAGAAGCUAUUCAAAAGCAAAUCAUCUAGCACUGUGAAGGGGAGUCCCAGCCAAGACGGGAAGCUGACGCCACAGGCGUCGCCAAAAGAGCCAGUACUCAGCCCGGAGAGCCAGAAAACUGUCAACGAGUUCAUAGAGGGUUUACGGAUAGUCCGUAGUAGAGCGUUCGCACAGGAGCUGUACAAGUCGGCCCAGCACUUCAUCCACCGCAUGCAGAACUCUGCCUACCUGCCCAUAGAGGAGCAGUCGGAGAUGGUGCACGACUUCUACAACAGCAUGAGCGAGCGGUUGCAGAAGCACCCGACGGCCGGCGGGCUGACGGGGGAACAGCAGGCACAGCUGCUGGACGGGGUGGAGAAGCACAUCACCACCAGGCUGCACCAGCUGCUGUUCUGUCCCUCCAUCACUGAUGAUGAGCAGCGUGACCUGAAACUACAGGACCGCAUCCGCUCCCUCAGCUGGGUCACUCCGCAGAUGCUCGACACUGGGAUCAAGGAAGACGACACGCAGGUACAAGGGCUGACAGACCAAGCCAUCGCGGCCAUCAUUGAGGUCGGAUCCCAGCGCUCUCCCCAAGAGAAACUCAGCUGUCUCGUCAGGUGCUGUCAGCACAUCUUCGAGCUGUUACGCGUGUCUCACGACGCUCCGGCCAGCGCUGACGAGUUCCUACCGGCUCUCAUCUACAUCACUUUGCGAGCCAACCCUCCCCUUCUCCACUCCAACGUGCAGUACAUCACUCGGUUUGCCAACCCCAGUAGGCUGAUGGCAGGAGAGGCUGGGUACUACUUUACCAACUUGUGCUGCGCGGUAGCCUUCCUCGAGAGUCUCGAUGCCCAGGCUCUGUCUCUAAGCCAGGAGGAGUUCGAUAGAUACAUGUCCGGAGAGGCCGUCCCUCCUAAACCUCAACAGAACGACCAGGCAGACGGUUACACAUGCGAGGGUCUAAUCCUCAUGCAGGAAAACAUCAAGGGUUUGAAAGAACUGAAUGCGAAACACGACAAGCUCAUGGACGAUGCCAAACAACUGCAGGAUGAGAUGAAGGGAUUUCGGGAUGGCGUGAUCAAGCAGAUUCAGGACGUGCUGAAACGUACGCCACUGGACAUCAAGCCCCGACAGCCCUUACAGUUAGCGGGCACCCCAGACUCCCCCAUCCAACAAGACCUACUGCUGAGUCCCUCUACUGUCGGGUAUCCAUUAGCUGCUGCUGCUGGGGUCCAGGCUGUUACACUGGACACAGAAAAUGAGGACAAUUUAAACCUGCCACCCCCGCUACUACCACAGGUGGUAUCUUCCCAGGCAGCAGAGGGUAGUGCCAGCUGAAUUUCUGCAUACUAGUAUUGUAAUUUUACUGGGAAGAGUAUAUAAAAAUGUUUUGUUUUGUUUGGAGCAUGACAUGACGAGUAAAGGGUUAUGAAUCACGUUAAUGAUAUUUGUCAUUUGUCACAUUUAUGGAUAAACCAGGCAUUUUUAAAGUAAACCACACAUGUACAGGUACAUGUACUACACUAGUACUGUAACUGUAUAUCCCAAGGAAUAUUGAUAAUUUUUCUCUUGAACCUUGUACAGUCAACUUCAUGUAUUGUUGCAUUCAGUAUUAUUUCUGCUACAUUUCCCAAGACUACCGGUAUUUUCUCAAAUUGGAAAAAGCAUUUUGCCAUAUACACUACAUGUAGAUGUAAAUAUAGAGAUUUCAGUCUUACACUCUAGUUCAAGAUUUUUUUGGCAUUCAUCUACUACGUAUACAGUUUACAUGUGCAUGUACAUAUACAAUGUAUUGCUUUAUACACCCCCACUGCUGUAUUUAUGAUAUUGUCAGAUCAAAUAAGUUAAAUCUGUGAAGUCUUUAUACUAUGAUGAUUAGAAAGAUGGCAAGAAAAUUUGUGUAGUACUUAGUACAUGUACAUAAGUAAUUUGUUGUAGUAAUUUUGUAGUUGAGAUAUGCUGCCAAGAACAUGUAGAUCAGAUUGCUGAUUGUCCUUUCUGUAUGCUGCAAGUGACCCAUGACAAGGAAUGUAAUGACUUUGUAGACCAAAAAAGCUGUAGAAAAUGCAAGAACAAGAACAAGGCAAAAGCAUAUAUUAUAUGGUAAAAUGAAAUGCUACAAGAAAAGCUAAGAUACGGUAUUUGUAAAGUUGGAUAAGCUGUUGUAGUAAAUAAACUGCAGUAUGAUUAUGACAUGUA